CUCGUCGUCGGACACGAAAUUUGGCCGAGUACAAAGGCACUACAUAUAGAGUUCGCUGCCCUGAAGACAGAUAAGGAACUAUGCAAAUGAUCCCCUUCCGAGUUCCAACGGCAGCCAGCGUUCAUCGUCAACAUCCACCUUGAGAAUCAUCACGAAUAACGAGAAAAACACAAAUUAACUCAAAUUAUUUUUAUCAACACAUCUAAGCACAACAUCUACGCCAACGUACUCAAUAUGGCGGAAUCUCGACGUCCAUCACUCGUUGCAAAGCGGACCCACGUCCGAGCAGCACAGCACUCUGCCAUCACACCACCAGACCUCCCAACACCACCCCGAAUCCUUGACAAAAUCAUCGUUGGUCUAGGCUACGCCGGCCUCGCAACCUACCUCCUCACAAGUCAUCGAAAAUUCAUAUCUUGGGAACUAGCAGGUCUAAGUCUCGGAUCCCUCACCCUCGGCUACGGACUCUUCGACCUAGGAAGACGGAAUGGGAUCAUACAAGGAGCAAGCUUUGCAGUGAGAAGUAGUGAAGAGAAGAGAGAGAGUUUGAAGAACGAUGAGGAUUGGAAGGAGGAAUUCCAGGGUAUGGAUUUCGAGACGCUGCAGAAGGCGGAUCAGAUUGCGUGGUUGAGGAAGGAGGAGAAGAGGAUUCAUGAGGUGCAAAUUGAGGAGCAGGCGGAGUGUGGAUUGGCGUAUAUUGAGAAGGAGGAGGCGUAUAGGGAUUAUGAGAAGAGGGGAGGGUAUGGUGGGGAGACGUGGAAGAGAUACUCGGCUGCGGACGAUUUGUGCCAGGAUAUAUACAGGAAGUGGGAGUUGCAGCAGCAGAGAUUGAGGCAGAUACGGAAGGAGAUUAAUACGCUAAGUGAGCAGAUAUGAGAGAGUUGUGUAGUGGGUCUGGAACUCCAAAGAGGCUUAGUGAGGCCCGAUGAUCCCAUGUCAUGUUAAUGGGAUAUCCGAAAACCUACAGUCAGAUCAACGCUGUUUCAUAAGAGAGCGGUGAACACAGCUAAUAUUAUACAAAUUUGGUCACUUGAUCGUUGCAAACAUCAUUCCAGAUAGCAUACCUUGUGACCAACAGCAUA